AUGUAUAAUCGUCUACGAAUGGACGACAAGAAGGGGACUCCUACAUUAGAAAAUGUCGGAAAGUCCGCGAGUUAUAGAAGUUUUGAUAAACCGGAUAAAACGGACGUGAAACACUUAUUCCAUGCUAUUCAAAGAGGCAAAGUCCGGCUGACUAAAUUUAUUAUUGAAGCCGCUGAAGGUAAAUUACAGAAUUCUAGGGAUUCUGAUGGGAAAACGCCACUUAUUUUUACCUGUAUGCUAAAGGAGGAGAGAACUCGUGCCCAACUGGUGCGACUUCUGCUAGAUAAGCAUGCCGAUGUGAAUCUGAGAGACGCCGAUGGUAGAACAGCUCUGAGUUACGCCUGUGAGAACCGAUGUAAUGACAUAGUAAAUAUGUUGAUACAUAUAUAUAAUAUAGAUCCGGAUACUGUCGAUAAAAAAGGAAACACGCCUCUGAUUUACUGUGCAAAAGAAGGAAACGAUGUGGCCAUUGAAAUUCUUAUCAAAUGCUUUCGAAGGCUGGGGUUAAAGGUCGACCAUAUAAACAACGAAGGCUUCUCUGCAUUACUUGAAUCCGCCCGGAACUCGCAUUUGACAUGCGCCAAAAUAUUAGCCAUUCAGGGACGCGCACAUCGAACAGUACGUGACAGACAAAAUGGCCGAACCGCCUUUGAAUGGUUUAUGGCGCAAGGCUAUGAUAAGAAUGAUUUGGGAUUCCUUCAAGUGACGUCUAAGUUUGUCAGAGCCGUUAAGUUAACCGCCAUCCUCAAAAGUAAAACGUUUGGUUCUCCCAAACCAACCGUCGUGAGUCACAAAAUACGCCACGCAAGAGCAGAAGCUAGCAAUCACGAGAGACAGAAAUUGAAACACGGUAGAAGUAAGAGCCUAAUGAGUCGACCUGUGGAGCAUGCGCGUGGGAAAUCGAAAUACAAGAAGCAGAGAUCCGUUGAGAAUGCCCCGAGAGUGACCGUGAGUCAAUCAGGGCCGAUAACUGUCACAACUGUCAUCUCCACGGUUACGUCAAUCGCCAACCUAACACUCGGAACGACAGAAAACCAGCUCCUGGAUGUCAUCAGUGUACAGUCAGUGGAAGACCUGAAAACAGCCACAGGGAUCACGGAAGAGGCAAAAGAGAAAAUGGAAACGAGGAAGGUGGAAGACACCGUUGCAGUUUCAAUUUGUCCGUCCUGUGACCAGGAAGAACACUUCCUUAAUAUCGUUAAACUCGACAGUUGAAUGGACGCCAUUUUGUUGUUACAGCCUGUUCCUAGUACGAUUCCAUGCACUCACAAACGUGCCCUAGAUUAUUUACGAAUUGUACGAUAAAAUCAAUUCAACACGCUCAAAUAUUUGUUUACUUACGGAAAUGAGGCAGUUAUGGAGGCGUUUAAAGCGAGAAUUUCAUAUUUUCUAAGAAAGUUAAAACAUUUCUAUGUCUUUUGCUCAGUACGUUGUCAACUCACUAUUAUACGAUCAUAGGUAUCAUUCUCACACUUAAAAAUCAUUCACCCCCGGAAAUAAUAACACAAUUACCCCCCUUGUUUUUCUACCCCGCCCCCCGUGGAAUAGAUAUCUUCAAACGUGAAUUAUGGGAUUAAUAGGAUUAUUCUUUAAGAAGGUAGGACUGUUUAUAGAUACCAUCUAUUUUAAGGAUUUAUUUUAAUACAUUUUAAAAAUAUAACUUAAAAAUAUGAAAUUAUCGCUUUAAUGAAUUUCGGAAAUUUUAAGGCCCCUGGUGAAACUAUUUGCUAGCUUCCGGAAAUGACGUUAUAGUUAACGAGGUCGGAUACCUUCGCACGCCGAUUUAGGCAUCACAUGGGGGAGGUGUUAAAGGUACAGUUAGGGGGUUAGUAACACCAACUCUAACGCCGAAUUCCGGAUAAUUGAACUUCCCGUAUGUAAAUGCCCUAACCAACUGACCUGAUCUACCCAACCGACUUGAACUCCCCCACUUCCUGUCUGCCCCCACCCCCACUUCCGGUGUGAAAAUAAACAUCAUUCCAGUAAUUGAGAGAUGCGUGCGUUUCAGUACUAUUUUUUAACACGGGACUCGAAGAACGAGGCGAGACAUAUUCCACAAGUCAUGUCCAACGGUGACAUCAUACUCUUAUCCGGAGAGCAUGCGCAAUCAAUACUGUCAGUGUAGACUGGAAUAACUAGGCGCUAGAGAAUGCUAUUCGAUUGAGACUUCUGGCGUUUUUCGCCAAACAUAACUGAUUAGAAAUUAGAGUAAAAACGGAAACGAUUGAAUGUAAAUCAGUUUAUAUACAUUCAUAUUACAUUAUUAUAUGCGUUGCGACCCAUUCGUGUCAAUUUCUAGGUCCCAAAUAUUAGCUCCUUUUACACGUUUUCUUUAAUGCUGAAUGAAGCAACCAGGCUGGGUGAUGUUUCUAUCUUCAUAGGUUUUCACUUGUAGAUUUGUCACCGUAAAAAUACUUAAACACAGAUAUGAGCGGGAAGACUGACGAUAUUUUAAAA